AUGGCAGUGGCGGCGGUUCUAGCGGCGCCUACGGCGUCUUUCCUUUCUUCCUUCUUUUCCUGCAGCGGCGGCAACAAUGGCAUCUCCUCCUCCUCUUUCUUUUUCUUCGGCGGUGACGGCAGCAGCAACGGCGGGGCCGGCGGUGGCAAUGUUGAAUUGUGUGAGAAGGAAGGACGCUCAGAGUUAUACACAGAAUUCCCACCGCCAAACAGAAUUCUUUGCAUAAUAGAAAGAAUGUCUGCAGCCAACGACGAGAAGAUGUCUUCGACACUUGUGGUAAACAGAGAACAGACAAAGGUACUCUGGGCAGAUGUAAAUAGUGAUUUUGUUGACAUAUUGUCGAGCUUCUUCACAUUGUGGUUAGGAAGGAUUUUGGGAGAGUUCAAGAAGCACUAUGGAGACGAGGCACCUGCGAUUGGAAGCUUAAGCAAUCUGUACAAUAGUUUAGCAAGUCUUGAUGAAACCUAUUUCUGGACAAAGGAAGGGAAAGAAAUGCUGCUGAAUCCAAGAAGCACUUUGUUGAGUCAUUGCCGAACUUUGAAAUUUAAUCUCAAUGAUUUUCCGCCUGUCAGGUACUUCGCUUGUCAAUCAUGUAGAAUGGUGCGUACUUCAAUAUCCAAUGAAAAUGUGAAAUGCAAUUGUGGGCGCUCUUUAAACUGCGACAUAUCUGUGGAGUCUGAAUAUAGUGCAGUUACGGAUUUACUGAGCAAAGCAUUGCUAUCCCAAACUCCAUUAACGGAUCUUUUUGUCGACGAUGAGAAGAAGCAGAAGAUGAGCUACUUAGGUUCAACAUGGAAAAAACUCCACAUUAAGCCAACACAAACAAAUUCAAAGAAGAUUGUUGUGAUCGCAGUGGUCCAGAAGUCUACAAAUAAGCUUCUGCUGGUUGAAUCUGAGAGUUAUUUUGUCGAUUUUCUGUUUAGUCUGCUCACUGUUCCCAUGGGAGGUGUGGCUCACCUUUUGGGUGGCAGCACUGGUCUUGGGAGCAUCGAUAAUUUGCAUCGAGCAUAA